CGUCAGAGGCAGCCAUUGAGUAAAUUUAUGAAAUAACAUUAAAGCCUUUAGAACAGUAGAAACGUAGUUCCCAGUCCUUUCACGUACAGUCAUCACAAUAGUGGACAGCUAUUCAAAAGUUUAACCAUUUACAGGACAAGUGUGUUAGGGCUCCUUGAUUGCAGGCUGGAGACAGACGGGCGAAGACGCCGACAGCUGCAAGCCAUCGAAAUCAGCCGCCUUUAUAAGCCAGCUCGUCGUUGCCGCUCGUCGCCAGACCAAACUUUCAGUAAUCCCGUCAGUGAAGUCCAGCAUUCAGGUAUUUACCACAUUAAUUCUUACCCGGCUAAUCAGACCUCUUGUUCCGUCCCAGGAUUCCCCGUGCCUGCUCCCAGUAUUGUACGACGCCUGAUUGAUCUCCUUUCGACACCUGCCAGCUACACGCCAAGUGCACGUGCGGUGCUGCGACGUGCGUUCAAAUAAACUUUUGAAAAUCACCACAGCCACCCUUGUCUGCUUUGGGGUCCACUUCCCAGCGCUCCCUAACAGCUUGGUCUGGCCACAUGGACUCCGCGGACAUGGAUCCGAGUUAUGCUUCCUCGUCACCCCCCGCCGUUGACCGACACGCUCAAGCCCUCGAAUAUCUUUACCAAAAGACAUGAGCCAAUACAAACAUCAGAGUUUGAUGGGGGACUCCACUCCUUGCACAGACCAUAUCUGUCCUGCAACUACACCCUCAGUGGACUGGCCUCCUGGAACACCUGCCUUGGGAAGCACAGAAAUCCCGCUGACAGACUGCACACCAGCCAUGGGUCACGUCGCAGAAACGCCAGCCGUUGAGCUCUGUGCGACUCCCCUUCCACAGUUAGCUGAGGACGCCUCCUCUUAAGUCACACGGUUGCUAACUGUCAUAUGCUAUUGUUUAGCUACAACUGGAUUCAUUACUUUUCAUCCUUCUUACAGCCGCUGGAAAUCCAUCUGCUGCAGGACAUCAUUAUUUUACGAAACUAUGUGGGUGUGCAAUGGUCCUCAUGGGAAACGCGGGGCUGGUGGUCAUUGGAAACACAGUCUUCGUUAAGGCUAAACAGUACCGCUUUGUCCACCGGUGUCACUAAAAUCAACUAAAACUGAAAAGUUACCAAGUGUUGCUUUACAUGAGUGUCUUGUAAUGUUUAAAAAAAUAUCAUAAUUAGUGCAUGAAACGUUACAUUAAUACUAUGGUCUACAUGAGCCAAAAUGCUAUGUCUAUGGCAGAAAACACAGACAAGACUGAAAAAGCAGUUUCUGCUCUUGUACUCCUCUUUAAAAGAAACUGCUGUAUUUUAAGCCAAAACAACUGUUGUGUUUGAGAGAAAAAUAGGUUUAUAUGCUGCCAUAGCAGAUUCAUGGCGCAUUGAGCCCCCGAACCAUUUUUAAUCUGCCCGUUUUACCCUGGAAACCCCCGUUUACAGACGUCGCGCAACCGCGUUUGUUUUAACCCAACCAUAAAACGAAGGUAAUUAAUUAUAUUUAUUAUUCAAAAUAUCUGUAAUUUUUAGCUUUGAAUCAUUAAUUGAUGUUUCAUAUUUCGUUUAAGAAAAAAAACACUUUAAAGAAAUUAUUCACUUUUUUACUUUUAAACAAAUGACGUCACAAUGAAAAAAAUGACGUCUGUAAAAAAGUCACGGAUAUCUACCUCAUAACUAUCGGUUAAUUGUAUUUUUUUUUUUUUGUUAAUGUUGCAUUUUCUCUGAUUUGUUAGAUGAUAAAUAAUCGGUCCAAACAGAGAAAAUUUUGAGAAAAAAAAAAACGUUUAAAAUGGUAAAUAUAUGAAAAAGAAAAUCUGGCCCACUCCUUGAUGUCUACCAUUUCUGUAUCGCGACCAUUGUUAUAUUACCAUGUUUCACCCAUAAAAUCCCUAAAAAAAUCCAGCUGUGGCCAUUCACAGCUGUGUCUUGACACUCAGUGAUCCAUGCUACAUGGAGUUUUUGGAUCGAAACAAGGUAAGUACGUAAUAAUAUCUUGUUAAAGUCAUGGCGUCUGUAAUUCUGCUCUCACGUGCUCUCACCUCCAGAUAGUUUAAAAAUUUUCUUCCCCCAGAAAAUUGAGAUUUUAAUCUUUCCAUUUAUGUAUCACACAUGCAUAUCGGCCAAAGUUGGCCAAAUUGGGGGUCUCAGAGCGGAACUUCAAGUCACCUGAGUGUUUUCCGCCCUAUAUAUGUGGAUGUCAGGUUUUUAUGAAAUUAUGUUUGGGUAAAUGACCAAAAAGUCUAUUGCACCUAUAUGUGGUUAAAAUAAAAUAUUCAUUUCAAUACCUGCAGAAGAUAACGAAUUCAAAUGUUUGAUCCAAAAAUCCCUAAAGGAUGUGAACGUUUAAUAUCAUUCCCUUGCAAAUAAAAAAUAAAUUAAAAGUAUUCCUUUAUAUUAAUGUAUUAUUGGAAAUGUACAAAAAAUAUACUGUAUAGUUCCAGCCAUAGACGUCAUAAAAUAAACCCAGACCAGGCAUUACUAGCCAAAUCCUGCUGCGUCAAACUCUUACAGCCUCCAGCAGAUGGCGCCCCAAACCAACUGGGAAGUGCUUGUAUGUUAUUGUUCCUCUCGCUCUCUUCCUCCUCAUCCGCCCGUCGCCAUGGUGCAGAUGAUGGAGUCUCAGUGCGAAUAUUUCAUGUAUUUCCCGGCGGUUCCCAUCACGGACCUGUCCGAGCCAGCCCGGUACCGAACUCUGCCGCGCCGGAGCCACCUCUAUCUGGGGGAGACUGUCCGCUUCCUGCUGGUGCUGCGUUGCAGGGACGCCGGCAAGGCGACGCCGACCGAACCAGGCCCCGGGGACAGCGCGGGGUUCGGGACAGAGACUUGCAGCGGGCGGGCCUGGCGCGAGCUGGCAGGCUCGCUUUGUGCGGUGGCCAGCGUAAGUCCGGGCGAGAGCGGUCGCCACCGGUCUGGCCAGCACUACCACGACUACGGCAGCAGCGGGGACGAGGCUGGCGACGACACCAGCGACGACUAUAUGGCUGCGGCGGAGGCAGCCAUCGCGGCGCUGGGCAGUAGGGUGGAUUCGCGAUGUCGAAGCUUUCGGGACUGCAAGCCACUGCUCAUCCAUAACUCGUGUGGCUCGGCUAGCCGGGAGUUCCGCAGGGCUCCGGUCCAGUCUCCUCUGGAUGAGCCAAUGGUUCUUGCGGACGAGGUUGUCUUCCCGCUCACAGUCUCAUUGGACAAACUUCCUGUCAGCACUGUGAAAGUCAAGGUGAUGGUGACGGUGUGGAAGAAGGAGGCGGAGCAAGCAGAGGUGCAAGAGUUGGGCUACCUAAGUGUCCUGCAACAGCGGGACCCGUCACUAACCUUCAGACAUGACCUCAACACCUUCAAGGCCCAAGUGAGCACCACCUUGACCGUCCUGCCGCCUCCCACUGUUCGCUGCAAGCUGAUGAGUGUUUCAGGGCGACACCUGGCUGUGCUCAAAGUGUUAAACAAGUCAUCACAAGAGGAGGUGAGCGUGGGGGACCUUCGUAUUCUGCCGGACCUCAAUGCUUCCUACCUUCCCGUGAUGCCUGACGGAUCUGUUCUGCUCGUGGACAACGUUUGCCAUCACUCAGGCGAGGUGGGCAUGGCGUCUUUCUGCAAGGUGGACAGCCCGGCCAGCCGCCUUCCCAGCACACUCGGUGCCUUGGAGGAACACGAUUUCAUGUUCCAGUUGCAUCUCAAUGACAUGCCGCAGGAUGAGUCAAAUGAGGGGAUGGAGGUUCCUCUAGUUGCCGUGCUUCAGUGGUCAACUCCCAAGAUGCCUUUCACCAACUGCAUCUACACCCACUACAGGUUGCCGAGCGUCCGUCUAGACCGGCCCAGGUUCGUGAUGACGGCCAGCUGUCCCGGCACUGUCAAAGUCAAAGAGCACUUCAAGGUCAAAUACGUGCUGAUCAACAACCUGCAAGACUUCCUCUCCGUACGACUCGUCUGGACUCCUGAGGGGCGCGGUCAGAGCGAAGAUGCCACAUUGUCAGCGGUGGUGUGCCACACCCCACUCAGUAACUUGGGUCACUGUCGCAAAGGCAGCACGCUAACCUUCAGUGUGGCCUUCCAGAUCCUCCGACCAGGACUCUACGAGCUGAGUCAGCACAUGAAACUCAAGCUCCAAUUCACGGCAUCCGUGUCCAACCCGCCCCCUGACGCCAGGCCGCUCUCGCGUAAGAACAGCCCAUCCAGCCCGGCGGUGCGAGACCUGCUGGACCGCCACCAGGCCAGUUUGGGUCGCUCACAGUCUUUUUCGCACCAACAGCCGUCACGCUCCCACAUCAUGAGGACGGGCAGCGCCAUGGAGCGGCGCGCCAUCACACCACCAGUGGGCUCUCCGGUGGGCCGGCCGCUCUACUUGCCACCGCAGGACAAAAGUCUCCUAUCGCUGGACAAGAUCGCUAAGCGUGAGUGUAAAGUUCUGGUGGUGGAUCCGGGACAAGGGGAGAACAUGUAAAAUGACUUCCAGGAGAACGUUGAAAACACGUAAGAGCAGAUGGAAAAGGACAACUGGGCGCAGGACGACGUCAAGGAGGACGUGGAAACGUUCUAGGAAAAUCAUGCCAUUUGCUGAUUUGGGGUUCCGGCCAAAGACACUAUCUUGUGUAAAAGUAUUACUUUGGCGCCAUCUCUUGGCAAGUUUAAGUCUUUUGAGGUUGGUGAAUUGGGGAUUUUCACUAUUUAUGGCAAAGUUGUCUCAAAUCCUCGUCAAUAGAAAAAAUUUUUCUGUCUUAACAGACCACAUCAGUAUCAAAAUGAACU